AUGGGAAACGUUUUUGGUUCAAAAAAGAGUAUAAAGAUUAUGAAAAUAGAUGGCGAAACGAUGAAGCUGAAAACUCCGAUAAAAGCCGAAGAAGUGCUUAAGGAUCAUCCGGGUCUUGUUUUGUUGGACUCUGAAGCUGUUAAGCAUUAUGGAGUAAGAGCGAAGCCGAUUGAAGGACAUAAAGAGUUACAACCGAAGAGGCUUUAUUUCCUUGUGGAACUUCCUAAGGAAAUAAGGCCGAGAAGGGUUCGUUCGGGGAUUGUAAUGAGUGCGAAAGAACGGCUUGAUAAUUUGGUGCUUACUAGGAGAUCGGCUUCUGACUUGUCGAUAAUGAAACAAAGGAAAGUGGAUGAUGAUGACGAUAAUGAUAGUGGUCGUGGUGGUGGUCGUGGUGAUCGUGAUGGUGGAGAUGUGAGAGUUGAUGAGAAUGGUGGUGGUGUGAGGUUGAAGGUUAGGCUUCCUAAGGCUGAGGUUGAGAAGUUGAUGAGAGAGUGUAAAGAUGAAGCUGAAGCUGCUGAGAUGAUUAUGCGUUUGUAUAAGGCUAAUGGAAGUAGAGAAAACAAGAUUAGUGAAGUUAAUGAGAAAGUUAACACACCGCGACAGAAAAGGGUGAGUUUUAUGCCAAGCAACGAAGGAGGGAUUCAAGUAGCUGUGGCUUCAUAA